CACGUUUUAUAUAAUCAAGGGAUGCACGAUCGCAUACCGAACUGACAUACGCAGUACUUGCCUAAGCAUGUUCACUGUGUCACUGCUGGGCUGGCUGAUAACACCUUAGACUAUAUUACCAAGUGGAAGUGUGUGGCGUUCAGCUGAUCUCGUGCAGCAGUGAUGGAACGUUGGGCGGGUCGUGUUGCGUUGGUGACUGGGGCUUCGGCGGGGAUCGGAGCCGCAAUCACCCGAUCACUGGUCAAGAGUGGGAUGAAAGUAGUUGGAUGUGCCCGUAAUGUAGAGCGAAUCCAGAAAAUCGCCGACGAGCUGAAAGACGAGCCAGGAUCACUGAAACCAGUGAAAUGUGACGUCAGACAGGAGGAGGACAUCUUGGCAAUGUUCCAAAGCAUUAAAUCUGACCCUGACCUUGGAGGGGUGGACGUGUGUGUUAACAACGCCGGGUUGGGGCACGAUACCUCGCUGAUGGAGGGCAACUCAAGCCAGUGGCGGGAAAUGUUGGAUGUGAAUGUGCUGGCACUAUGUAUCUGUUCCCGAGAAGCCUAUAAAUCUCAGAGGGAACGAGGUGUCAAUGAUGGCCACUUCAUCCUUAUCAACAGCAUGUCUGGCCACAGAAUCCAGCUCAGCAAAAGCAACCACUUCUACGCUGCCACCAAACACGCCGUCACUGCCAUACAGCAUGGGAUGAGGUUUGAGUUCAGGGAAGAUAAAGUGGCUGCCAAGGUGACGUCAAUUAGCCCCGGUGAUGUGGAGACGGAAUUCCUGAACAGAAUGUUAAAAGACGAUGCUAAGGCUAAGGAAAUCUAUGGCUCGUCCACUUGCCUGCAGCCGUCAGAUAUUGUGGACGCCGUCAUCUACGCUCUCAGCUCUUCUCCACGGGCACAGAUCGACGACAUCUGGCUCCGCCCAAUCGAUCAGCUGGACUGAUGCACACCGCGACCUUUACCUGCCUGUCCUUGAAUCGUCGCCAACUAGAAUAAAAAGUUUUAUAAAACGAU